AUGCUUCCCGACUCCAAUGCUGACAUGCAGAUCAAUAUCUUGGCAGACGGCGGCGUGCAUGAAGAUGACGUUUCAGUAAGUAAGGCUCUCCAGGCAGCAAGACACAAUCACAAUCUCAACCUCUGCUCUAAUCAUCCAAAUAUCCCCCGUUAUCAGGAACUAAGCCUAAAGAAGACCCUCGCUUUCGUCGAAAUGGUAGAAAGGAGUUUCCAGUACCUCCCGAGGCUCAACUUCACCGACAGCCCAUUCAAACAAUUCACCAUCCCCCAGGACUGGAGAGCAUGGGAGGUCGCAUGGCUUUAUCGCCUACCCGCAAUCAUCACCCAUGCUAGCUAUCCUGCUAGAUUGAUCGAAAGCGGAUGUAUCGUCGACAAUGUUACCAAUUGUCAUAAAGCGUGCGGAAGCGAAGAGCACAUGUUUUCGAAUCCCGAAACGCUAUGGAACUGCCUUACUUUGGCAACUGUUGCUAUGAUGUCUACCAAUCGUGGGCCCGAUACCAUCAGCAACCAGACAUUAGAAGAAGUGGAUAGGAAGUUUAACACCGGCCCGCUGGACGAGUUCUGGAAACUUGGUGCAUUGUUGAGCUACGUCAAAUGUGCGCUACAGUCUUGUUCAGACUCCAAGUUCGGCGGUUGUCCGCCGGAAUUGUGGACGUUUCAAUGUCAAAUGAUCACAUCUAAGAACAUCAAGGACCUGGGCAGAAUCAUGAGUACCGAGUACUGCGACAAAGCUGAUCCUGGAAUUGACUAUGAUAUUGCAGGGCCUGGUAUCAUCGUGGCAUAUCUGAUUCAGUUCACGAUAGUCCUAUUCUUUGCUUUGUGCUACAAGAUCACCAAGGCCUGGAUACGGAACUUCACACUGAUUUCACUUCUCCCUUUUCAAGGACCUGCUGGAGCCGUCGAGACAGCAUUUCAAUGGCAGAAAAUGGUUUCAAGAAGUACCUUUGGUGUUGCAGUGGCAUCAACACUUGUCGAUCUGCAAGAAGCUCAAGCUGUGUUUCUCGGCACUAUCUCUAUAGCCGCUAUCAUCACCUUCUCAAGUUCUAGCGGAACGGGACUUGGUAACAUCAGUUCACUCCUCUCCUGGCUGACAAACAACCUCACUGUGAGGGGCAUGGUGUCGGCGGGAAUGUAUCCCCUACUGUUUGUGCAGCUUAUUAUUCAAAAGACUCACAAUCGCUGGUGGUAUACACUUGUUCUUGUGUUUAUCAACUGGGUCCUUAUUGUGCUCAUUGCUCGGCCCCAGACUGUCGAUGAGUCUUCGCUACUAGAGCACUUUACAGACUCAUCUCCUUUGGAACGCUGCGGGAAUCAUACUGGGCCCAGGACGUUUUGUCAGACUUUCAACAAACCCGCAGAGAGAGGUUCUAGUUCCACUACGGGUGAAGAGUUAGGUCAUCUGGAUCGAGAUGCGGAGAGCUUCUUCAAGUUUCAUUCUAGGAUACAGGCACCAAUGCAUGUAAUUAUGGCAUUCCUGAUACUUGAUUGGAUCCUUGCCAUGAUUAGGAUGCACCUCUUCGAACGGGGUGACUGGUUAUCCCACAAAGCCCAUGCUUUGAUGGAUAGCUUACCGUUGCGUCUGAAGUCGUUUUGUACCCGGAGGUACUUCGUGCUCUUCACAGAGGCUAUCUGGAUCUCCAUGGAGGUCCUCACUAUCGUCAUGGGCGCAAUUGGAGUACAUGAGUUUGCGGCAUUCAUGCAUCUACUCAGCGGCGGGGAAUCGGGCAACGAGAGCAAGGUUGCCCUGUCGAAAUGGGGUUUUGGACAACUGGUAGCAGUUUGCGUCUGGGUUCCUGUUAUCCUCAAAUUCGCUUGUCUCAUGGUGGACGAGGCUCUGCCUGGUUGGAGAAAGCGGUUGGGCCAAUUCAUCGAGAUUACGCAGCGCAAAGAAAACGACCCAGAUGGGAAUGAUGUUGUUAUGGACACUUUGCUUCCGUCCGGGCCGACCAAGAGGGGCCAGACGGAUGAAGUUGAGGGGCGUACUUUGACGGCGAGGCGGUCUUGGGGCAGAUCAUGUGAUUAG